ACCCCUAUAAAAGCGCACCUACGUGGACGUCGUCUUCAACCACAUGGCAGCCGAUGGCGGCACCUACGGCACAGCCGGCAGCACCGCCAGCCCCAGCUCCAAGAGCUACCCCGCAGUGCCCUACUCCUCCCUGGACUUCAACCCCACCUGCGCCAUCACCAACUACAACGACGCCAACGAGGUGCGCAACUGCGAGCUGGUCGGCCUGCGUGACCUCAACCAGGGCAACUCCUACGUCCAGGAGAAGGUUUCCGAUUUCCUGAACCACUUGAUCGAUCUGGGUGUGGCCGGAUUCCGCGUGGACGCUGCCAAGCACAUGUGGCCCGCAGAUCUGGGCGUCAUCUAUGGCCGCCUCAAGAACCUGAACACCGAUCAAAACGCACUCUUUAGCAAAGAGGUUGGGGCUAAAUGAUAAGCUUCCUUCGUC